UUGCAGAUCUUUUUCAUGCUCAAAGCAUCAUAAUGCACUAAAGAAUGUUAAACAUGAAAAAAAUACAGUCUUUUAACGUUAAAACCUUUGCCCAUAAAAACCCUGUCACACUGGUUUAUAUCUAAGGGAACAUCUAAACCAUUGUUGGAUAUAAAUGUCUGAGCAAAGCAGGAGACAGGACAGAACUACACUUACAGCGUUUCUAGACAAACUGACUGUAAGUAAAAACAUUUUUAAGAUUUUGAGUCACAGUUACUUAAAGUUUAAUUUGGCUACAUGCAUGCUCUAGGUUGCAAAAUGAAAUUAACUAAGAUAAAACCCAGCUGGCUCUUCAUGCUGAUUCUGGUAUUUCACACCAUACCUGUACAAGCAGAAGAUUUUCAUGAUGAUGAAGUGAGGGUCCUGAUAGUGGGAAUCAGAGGUCAGUCCAGAUUCAGCGCUGCAGAUCUUCUGUCAGGAAGGAAAGACGGUGGACAGGAGGACAGAGAGAUUGUGAAGACUCCAGUAAUCACAGAUGAGGGUCGUAGAAUGAUGCUGGUCACUGGACCAAACCUCUGUGAGGAGGACACAGCGAGACAGACCUUCACAACAGCGCUGUCUCUCUUGUCUCCUGGACCUCACGCCGUUUUAAUAGUCCUGAAUCUGGAAGAUCAACAAUCACAACAGUGUGAUAUUGUGAAACGAACCCAGGAGCUGCUGGGAGCAGAAGUCCUGCAGUACUGCAUUGUUCUUCUGCACCAAAAUCACCAAGAACAUUUCACAGGAGCAUCCAGAGAAAUGAUCAACACAUGUGGAGGAAGAUUUCACGUGAUGGGAGACUCUGAACCAAAACCUGCUCAAACUGCAGCUCUCGUAGCAGAAAUAGACAAGUUAGUUCAGUUCAGAGGUAAAAGAUGUUACUCUUCAUUGACUCAAGAGUUAGAAACAGAAAAGACCGUGCAUAAAGAAAAUCUUCUCUUGCCUGUAUUAUAUGACACUUUAGGAGGAGCAUUUGGGAUCAAAGGAUGGAUUUUACUCCUUUUACUGAAUGCUGCACUUAUGUUCGCUAGAGGAAGGCAUAAAGUUUUUAAUUUUGGAAAAAUACUGUUUGCACUUGUUUGUCUAACAUUCGCUUUAAGAAAUAUUCUGAAUCCAAAUGUUGCUGUUCCUUUAAAUUUGAUUCUGUCAUCAACUUUUGUAAUAGCUAUUGCAUAUAAUGACUUGUCAGAAUCACGACGUUUGCAUCGAAUCAUAGUGUCUUUAAAUAUGAUCUUUGCAUUUCCUAUUGUAGUGUUUAUAGCAGGUCUAGGACUGAUCCUAGGAACAGUUCUCAGUAUACGAACAUGGUCAGAUGUGCUCAUAGCGUGCCAUGCUGCUCCUGGGAUCACAUUCUUUGGUUAUUUAUGCACAGUUUAUUCCGUUGUACCGAAUCAGAUACAAACUAUAGCCUUUGCAUUCAAGUUAUUCCUGUCUUGUUCAGUGGGAGCGACACUUUCAGUGGGGUUUGUGAUUGUAACUGCUCUGUUUGAUGGUAAGAUGGCAAUAAUGAUACUAAUAUUAAUUUGUACAAGUGUGUAUUUCUAUUUAAAGAGUGACUCUGUGACAGUUGUAGUUUUUUUUUUAAUUUUUCCAUGCUGUUGUGUAUUUAUUGGUUCUUUCAUUUUACUUUUACACAGUAUUUCAUUAAUACUUUAUGUACUGUUUACACAGUUUUUAAUACAUUUUUUACAGUAAUUUGAAGCUGUUAAUAGUGAUUAUAUCACAGAAGACUGUUAAUGCUAAAAGGGAUUUUGGGUGUAUGUUAGUAUUUCAGCCACAUACUGAAGCUUUUAUAAUAUGUAUUUUUGGACUUAUGUACACUGGUGGUUAUGUUUAAAAUAAGAUGUUUUUGAAAGAUGUCUCUCUUGCUCACCAAGGGUGAAUUUAUUUCCUCAAAAAUACAGUAAAAACUGUGAUAUUGUAAAAUAAUAUUACAAUUUAAAAUGUCUGCCUACUAACAAAUGUUUAAGAUACACAUGAAAAUUCAUUUACAUCAUAAUGUAAUUUCCACCACAUCUCACAUUAUGUAUUGUGUUUAACAGUUAACAAUUAAACAAUUAAGCACUUAAUUUUCA